AUGCAAUCUACACCAUUUUCUACGUCAACAUCUUCAUCAUGGGUGACAUCGAAUAAUUCAAAUUUAAAUACAAAUAAUUCAAAUUUUUGGUCAAAUGGAGGUUUUCGAAAACGUAAAGCAGCUGCAAGUGAAUUAGAAGAAAAAACAAAUCAAAAAAUGUUUGUAACAGAAGAAAAAAUGCUCAAAGAAAUGCAAACACUUUCAUUAGAUUUAGUACCUCCAGAUAAUAAUACUAUACCAAUACCAGCAUCAUCAAUCAAUGACGAAUUGAUUAUUGAUGAAAUACCAACAAAUAAAAUAAAUGAAGAUGAUCAUAAUGAUGAAGAUGAUGAUGAUGAUGAUGAAAAAGAAAAAUGUUCAGAAGAAACACGUUUUGAAUUACAUAAAUUAUUAAAAGAUUCUUUAAAGAAUGAUGAUUUACAAGAUAGUUUAUUAAACAAACUUUGUGAAAUCGAACGGUAG